AUGAAUUCUUAUGACAGAACUGUAACUGCAUCCACAAAAAUUCACUGCUCUUUAAAAAUGGGUGGACUGCUAUUUUUAUCCAUUCCUGUAUGUGUUGACUCUUUACACUACCCAAUUAAGAGAUGCUAUGGUCGAAUUCGUUUGCCGUUUAUUUUUCAAGGUAUUAAAACUUUUCGCUUCGCUUCAUUUUCAAAUUCUAGCAAUCAUUUAUCAAAUGGA